AUACAGUCGGCAAGCGAGGGAACGCCCACAAAACGUCACAUCUGGUUCGCGCCGAGGGGGAAAACAAACCGGCUUCCACAAUGCCCAGGAGCUGCAGUGUGCCCUUUUAACUUUUAACUUUUUAACUAACAAGCUUAAAAAUCCAAAUCUAAAAUUUUAUAUUUUGCCCAACGGGAGCACAGAGCCCAGGAGAAGAACCCGGUGGCUUCAAGCGAUCCGUCGGGAGGAUGAGUUAGGCCACCUGUGGGAUCCAAAAUCCAAACAUGUGUACGUCUGUAGUCAGCACUUCAUUACAGGCUUAAAAAACGAGGACAUAGCCCACCCAGACUACACACCCUCGCUGUUCCCACAUAAAAAGACAAAGUCUCCCAGGUCAGUACUUCAGAGGCUGGAGAGAAGGAGGAAGCGUGAGGGUGUUCAGUCUGCCCAACCAGAAUCCCCAACAUCAGAGGGCCCAGCACCAGAAGCCCCAACAUCAGAAGCUCCCAUACCUCUUCAGGAGUUAGAGAGAAAACAACUUUAUGAAGAAUUGUAUAAUUUAAGAAGAGAAAGAGAUGAGGCCAUGAAGGAGCGAGCUGAAGCCAUCAGAGAAUUGGAGACGUUGAAAAUGUCGGUAAACACUGUGAGAGAAAAUGACACUAAAUGUAAAGUCAUGACAGGCCUGUCAUGGACAGUAUUUGACACUCUUCAUCAGUACCUGGUACAGUUUGUUAAGUCACAGAAAACAUCCAAGAUGUCAACACAAGACCAGCUCUUUAUUACUCUGGUGAAACUGCGGCAGAACCCCUCAACCGAUAUGAUGUGUGGAAUAUUUGACCUGGCACAUAGAUAUAGCACUUUCCUGGAUGUAUUCUCCCGAUGGUUGGAUUUGAUGUACGCCAACAUUUCUUUUUUGAUUAAAUGGCCUGAUAGAGUGUAUCAGAAGCACAGUACCAGCAGAGGUUCUCUUCCAGUACCCUAGAGUGACUGCAAUUAUCGACUGCUUUGAGAUCAGAAUUGAACACUCAAAGAAGCUGAAAACAAGAGCUAUCACCUACUCAAAAUACAAAAACUGGACUACAGUGAAGUAUUUCAUUGCAUGUCACCCAUCUGGCUCAAUCACAUAUCUCUCCAAGGCUGGGGAGGGAGGGCUUCAGAUGUGCAUAUUGUAAGGAACUCAGACUUCUUAUCUCAGAAGUUCCACCAUGCAGGAGAUCAGAUUUUAGCCGACAGGGGCUUCACUUUGAAGGAUGACUUUGCUGUUCUGGGUGCACAGCUCAUCACACCGUCUUUCACGAGGGGCCGAAAACAACUGUCAGCCGAAGAUGUUGCGAUCUGUGGUCUGCAGAGAGAGUCAUUGGGGCCCUGAAGAGCCGGUACCACAUUCUGGAUGGCCCACUUCCUCUGCGCCUGGUGAAGAGACUGCAGGGUGAGAGACAGAAGAGAGAAGAGGCCAUGAUGGAUAGGAUUGUGCAUGUCUGUGCAGCACUAAUGAACCUGUCUGGCAGUGUCAUGUACAACCGUUACAGAAUCUGAGAGUCCCUGAACUGAUCUCAGUGCUGCUCUGCUGCUGCACACCCUGUCACCCUGCCUCUGAUGCCUGACGCUCUGCCUCUGAUGCCUGACGCUCUGCCUCUGAUGCCUGAUGCUCUGCCUCUGUUGCCUGACGCUCUGCCUCUGAUGCCUGACGCUCUGCCUCUGUUGCCUGAUGUUCUGCUGCCACUUGUGUUGCCUGAUGGGUCACUCCCUGUGCUGCUUUCGACUGGACUGUGUUCUGCCUACUUAGCAGAAACAUAUACAGUGCUUAUCAUAAAUGAGUACACCCCCUUUGAAAAGAACACAAGAACAAUUUGAUCAACAAUAUCAACAAUUAUUAUCUGAUUAGUAUCAAAGUCACAAGUAUAGACAAUAUUGUCCAGCCCAUUAUUCAUUCUAUUUGUAGCCUAUGUAUGUUUUCAUGUUGUAAAUAAAUGUAUAGGCUUUGUGAUAUUUGAUUUUGUACAUAUAGUCUAGUAGUCUAUGUUGAUACUAAAUAAAAUAGCUAUAAUAUGCUUCAAAAUGAAUUGGUAUAAAUAAAUAUGUAACUCUG